GGAGAUGCUGUGCACGGAGAGCAGAAGAAAACAGACUGGGAAAAAAAAAAUGAAGUUCCAUGUCUCCGUAUUUGUUGGUGUUGUUCACUUUUUAUCCCUGACCUCUGGGAAAGCUGUCUAUGGGAAUGGCAUCUCUCAGAGGACUUUUCAAGAAAUAAAAGAAGAAAUAGCCUGCUAUGGAGAUGUUGCUAAAGCAAUCAUCAACCUUGCUGUUUAUGGGAAAGCCCAGAACAGAUCCUAUGAGCGAUUGGCACUUCUGGUUGACACUGUUGGACCCAGACUCAGUGGUUCCAAGAGCCUAGAAAAAGCCAUCCAAAUCAUGCACCAAAACCUGCAGGAAGAUGGGCUGGAGAAUGUCCACCUGGAGCCUGUCAAAAUACCCCACUGGGAAAGGGGAGAAGAGUCUGCUGUGAUGCUGGAGCCGAGAAUUCACAAGAUGGCAGUUUUGGGUCUUGGCAGCAGCAUUGGGACGCCCCCAGAAGGCAUUACAGCAGAAGUUCUGGUGGUGACCUCUUUCGACGAACUGCGGAGAAGGGCCCCAGAAGCAAGAGGGAAGAUUGUCGUUUACAAUCAACCUUACACCAGCUACUCGAGGGCAGUGCAGUACCGCGUCCAGGGGGCGGUGGAAGCUGCCAGAGUGGGGGCUUUGGCAUCCCUCAUACGGUCGGUGGCUUCCUUCUCCAUCUACAGCCCUCACACAGGUAUUCAGGAAUACCAGGAUGGUGUGCCAAAGAUCCCAACAGCUUGUAUUACAGUGGAAGAUGCAGAGAUGAUGUCAAGAAUGGCUUCUCGUGGGAGCAGAAUUGUCAUUCAGCUGAAGAUGGGGGCAAAGAACUACCCAGAUGCUGAUUCCUUCAACACCGUAGCAGAGAUCGUCGGUCGCAAGUAUCCGGAGCAGGUUGUACUGGUCAGUGGACAUCUGGACAGCUGGGAUGUUGGGCAGGGUGCGAUGGAUGAUGGUGGAGGAGCCUUUAUAUCAUGGGAAGCGCUCUCGCUUAUUAAAGAUCUUGGGCUGCGUCCAAAGAGGACUCUGCGUUUGGUGCUCUGGACUGCAGAGGAGCAAGGUGGAAUCGGUGCCUUGCAGUAUUACCAAUUACACAAGGCAAAUAUUUCCAACUACAGCCUCGUGAUGGAGUCUGACCUGGGGACCUUCUUACCCUCUGGGCUGCAGUUCACUGGCAGUGACAAGGCCAGGGCCAUCGUGGAGGAGGUCAUGUGCCUGCUGGAGCCCAUCAAUGUCACACAGGUCUUUAGAGCUGGAGAAGGGACAGACAUUAACUUCUGGAUCCAAGCCGGAGUACCUGGAGCCAGUCUACUUGAUGACCUAUAUAAAUAUUUCUCCUUCCAUCACUCCCAUGGAGACACCAUGACUGUCAUGGAUCCAAAGCAGAUGAAUGUUGCUGCUGCUGUUUGGGCUGUUGUCUCUUAUGUCAUUGCAGACAUGGAAGAAAUGCUGCCCAGGUCUUAGCAAGAGCAAGAGAGAAGGCACUUUUGUCCUUUCUGGCCAGGAAUCCUGGGUCUGCAGCUUCAAGGAGCCCCGCUUCACCUAACAAUUUUAUGUGAUCAUUUACAAAGCACAACACUUUUUCAUACUUUCUGAUACCAUGUUUCUUGAUACUUUCCAAAUUCUCUGUUCCUAGUGUAAGGAAUAAGCCCCAUCCCCACAAAGAAUCAGCCAAUGGUAGGGAUCACAGUGAGGGAAUUUCUUUACACCACAUAUUAAAAAUACUGUUUCUACUUUGAAAGUAAAUACUGGAUAAAGCUUUGGAAGACCUCUGGCUUUUAUGCAUGUAUUUAUGAACAUUAAUUACAGUGACCAAUAUUUUGUUAAGUUAUUCAUUGAAGGAGUAGAGGAGUACACAAUUGUAGUACAGUCUUAAUUGAAUGUAUGGAGGCAUCUGGCUUUCUAAUUUGUACAUUUUUAUAUUAUUAGAAUUGUUUAAUGAGGUUAAAAUUUUUUUAAUUCACAGAAAGAAGUCACCAUUUGGGGAAAAAAAUCAAGUAUGUAAAAUCCAGUUGCCUUAUUAAAGAUCUGUCACCAAACAAAUGAUAAUACUAUUUUACAUUUAUGUUUUAUAUAUUUCACAUAAUAUAUCUAUGAAGUUGGGGCUUAUUCACAUUUUGCUGAUAACAGGUUUGAGGCUCAGAGAAGCUAAAUCAUAUUCACAGAGCAAAACACUGAUCCCCUUCUACUCUGGGAAUAAUCUCUACUAUUCUUCCACACACAAUGUCCAGUAUUCCAUUUAAAAAAUUACAAGACACACCCAAAAAUGCAAGAAAAACUCAUUGUCAAGAGUUAAAGCAAUUAAGAAAACCAGACAAUAGAGAUAACUCAGAUGUUGGAAUAUCAGAGAGGAACUUUAACAUAACUGUGAUUAAUAGGUUACAUUCUAGUGGGAAAAUGGGUCUACAUACAUGAACAGGAGAAUUUCAACAGAAAGAUGAAAACUAUAAAAUGGAAUCAAAUGCACAUACUAAAAUAAAAAAUACAACAUCAGAGAUGGAGAAUUUCCUUGCUGGGCUCAUCAGCAGACUGGAUAAAACUGAGGAAAGAAUCAACAAACUUGAAAACAGAUCAAUAAA